UUUGUUAUGCCUACUUCUACUGUACUAUUGUUUUCUGACGUCUAUAGAACAUCAUGUAAGUACGUUAAACUGCUACAGUAUGUUGUACAUCUAGUUAUGCUUUCCUCUAAAGUAGUGACCUAAAACGUUUUCUUGAAGAGCAUAUUUGAAUCCUGGAAACUUUCUUCCCGCAAAAGUAAAACGGGAGUAAAUAAAUCAUACUUCGAUGAUUUCUAACCACUUUUUUUAGUUAACAGUAUCCUUUCUACGAACAUUCCUAAGAUUUUCAAUGUUUUAUUGGGAAACAAUAAUGCCGCUUAGUAGCAAGCACGUACGAUGUUCUGGAAUACUAGCUCAUGCUCAUGACUCUGCCGUCCAGGAUAACAGCUGACCACAGUUUUGCACAGAAAGAACAGCAGAUUCGACCUUGCAGAUUCAACGAUAAUGCCGCACCGGCAGUUCAACAGGCUCAAUAACAUAGAAUGAAAUGAGGACAACACUGCAAGAUCCCGACGUGCUCCCCACCAUUCCUCGAAGUCAAUUCGCCUAGUUUUGCGCUCAUGAAGAAGCGUGCAGGUGCAGCUCCUGCAAGUUCACCUCAGGUGCCAUGUCUUCUUUCCAACAAGACGCGCCAUUCCAGGUCUCCCAUGCGUCCUUCAAGAGAGGAGCUCGUGUGGCAGACGACGAUGAGGAAGAGAAGAUUCCUGCGGACGAGCUCGGCGCGGCCAGGGCCGUCCCCUUCGGCCGGCGAUCCCGUGCCGGCUCGUCGGUCACCGACAUGUCAAGCAACGCGUCCAUCAACUACGGGAAGUCGACGCGUCAGGACAGGAUCGGCAGCGAGAGCUUCUGGUGCGGCGCUUUCUGCAUGCACCUGCCCGGCCUGUCCAGGCGGCGGCCGAUCAUGCAGCAGCAGCAGUCCAUGAGCCUGAGCGAGCCGGACGCCCGGGCGAGCACCGCCGGGCAAGCCGAGCCUACCCGGAGCGGCGUGGUGUCCAAGGCGGCCUCCAUGGAGAGGUUCGGCCACAGCUCGUCAUCCUCCGGCAUGGUGUUCGGCGGCCGCGUGGACGCGGAGGAGGACGACCUGGAAGUGUCGGCCUACUUCGACCUGCCGCUGGAGCUGCUCCGGAGCAGCAGCGUCGACAUGGAGUCGCCCGUCACGGCGGCGUUCGUCUUCGACAGCAGCCGGGGCCGAGGCAAGAGCAUGCUGCCGGACCUCGACUUUAGUUUCCCGGCGCCGCCUGCUUUCUCGAGUCCUACUCCGUCGUCGCCACGGGCCUGAUCGAGGAGAGAGUCUCAGGGCCAGACAACUUUAAAUUGAGCCGAAUUACUCUUGAGUUUCUGCAUUUCAGGCACAUUGAUCGUAUCCAUGUAUUUCGUGUUGGAUUCUUUGUUCUUCUGUAUGUCGCAAUUCAUCUUUGAUAUGUGGGGGAAUUGGAUUAUGUAACCCAAUGUUGGCUGUCAGUAGGCAAAAUUAGCUAAACGAUUUUGCUAAAACACAUCUAGACCUGAGAUAAGUAUUGCAUAUUUAAGUCCUA